AUGUCGAAACCUUGGGGUGGGAUUGGAAUUGGUGCGUGGGCGGACGAAGCGGAGCGUGCCGAUGAAGAGCAGGCGGCGGAGGCUACGGCUACGGCCGCUCCGGCGGAUGUGCAGAGUUUUCCGAGCCUGAAGGAUGCUGUGAACAACACCAAGUCUAAGAAGAAGAAGAAUAAGAUGACUCUAUCGGAGUUUGCAUCGGGUGCUUACACAGCACCUGCGGCUGCGGGUAGAAAUUCCGUUGGAUUGACGCAGCAAGAGAUUCUUCAGCUGCCGACUGGUCCCAGGCAACGCUCGGAGGACGAAAUGCAACAAGGCCGCGGAUUCUCUUCUUACGGAGCCCGUUCUAGUGGACCUCCUGGUCGAAUGGGGAGAGAUCGAGAUGAUUCCGAUGGGCCGUGGAAUGGUGGAGGUGAUGGUCGGCGAUCCUACGGCGCUGGAUUUGACGAUGACAGGAGGGGACCUCCGUCUAGGGUUUCGGAUUUCGCUCAACCUUCGAGAGCUGAUGAGGUUGAUGAUUGGGGAAAAGCCAAAAAACCUCUCCCAUCUUUCGAUCAAGGACGACAGGGUCGGUUUGGAGGCGGAGGCGGUGGCGGUGGCGGUUUUAGCAGCGGUGGCGGAGGUGGUGGCGGAUUUAGCAGUGGAGGUGGUGGUGGCUUCUCUAAAGCUGACGAAACAGAUAAUUGGGCUGCAGGGAAAAGGCAAGCUCCGGUCAGAUCACCUACAUUUGGGUCGAAUUUCGGUGAUUCAAACCGUGACUCUGACCGUUGGUCUAGAGGAGUAGUAGCAGGAGGUGGUGUUCAGGAGGAACGUCGUCGUUUGGUUUUGGAACCACGAAAGGUUGAGUCAGCAGCGACCGAAACUCCACCAACUGCUGGGAAAACGAAUAAGCCGAACCCGUUUGGAGCAGCUAGACCGAGGGAGGAUGUUUUGGCGGAGAAAGGCUUAGACUGGAAGAAGCUUGACUCGGAGAUUGAGGCUAAGAAAGGAAGUUCUCAAACGAGUAGGCCAACGAGUGCACAUUCGAGCAGACCUUCGAGUGCUCAGUCUAACAGGUCUGAGAGUACAGGAUUGAAUAAUGCGGUGAAACCGAGACCAAAGGUGAAUCCUUUUGGCGAUGCGAAGCCGAGAGAAGUGUUGUUGGAGGAACAAGGGAAGGAUUGGCGUAAGAUGGAUAUGGAACUCGAGCAUCGCAGAGUUGACAGGCCUGAAACAGAAGAAGAGAAGAUGUUGAAAGAAGAGAUUGAAGAGCUAAGGAAAAAGCUCGAGAAAGAAUCCAUUGCGCCAGAGACCAAGGAAUCUGAUCAAGAACCUGGCAGUAAUAAUAACCACCAAGAUUUACCGGAAACUAUACGUGGGAAAGAGAAGGAUCUUGAAAUACUAACCCGUGAGUUGGACGACAAAGUCAGGUUCAGGCAGAAACCAGUUGAGAGGCCCGGGUCCGGUGCAGGCAGAACCGGUUCAUAUUCAGAAAGAACACAUUCCCGGUCUGGAUCAAUCGAUGAGUCAAGGAGUUUUGAAUCCAUGGAGAGACCUAGAUCACGUGGCGCAGUCGAUGCCUGGGUUAGACCUGUAGAUGAUCAGCGAAGAAACUUCCAAGGAAGCAAAGAGCGUGGAUUCUUCAACAACAGGUCGUCGUCUAGGGAAGGAUGGUAA